UGAUUUGACACAGUGAGUUGUGGGGCUGCACGUGUCUUCAUCUAGAUGGGGACUUGUAUAAAGUCCUCUCCCUGCUGCCCAGGUGACUGAUUUGACAGCUGGAAGACACAGUGAGUUGUGAGACCUGUUAGUAAAGGAGAGAGGGACAUUGUUGAUGAUGAUGCUGGGUCUGGGCUCUGUUGGAUUGGUUCUGUUAUCUCUGUCUGUCCAGAGUGGACAUGGAGCCCAGGACAGUGCUGUCUGGAGUAGAGAGGAGACCACUGAGAGGAAUUACUACACCAGGUACCACAACAUGUCAGAGAUUACAGCAUGGGUGGAGCAGAUGAAGAGGGAGAACCCAGAUGUUGUGUCCUCCAUGGUCUACGGUCAAACCUAUGAGAGGAGAAACAUCACCUUACUGAAGAUUGGUCUGCGUUCUACUGGGAGGAAAAAGGCUAUCUGGAUGGACUGUGGUAUCCACGCCAGAGAAUGGAUCACUCCUGCUUUCUGCCAGUACUUCGUUAAAGAGAUCCUGAGAACGUACAAAACCGACACCAAGGUGAAUGAGAUGAUGAAAAAUCUGGAUUUCUACAUCACACCAGUCCUAAACGUUGAUGGCUACAUCUACUCUUGGCAUAAUGAAAGUACUCGACUGUGGAGGAAGUCCAGAUCUCCAGGAACAGGAGGCUGUACCUGCUAUGGAACAGACCUCAAUCGUAACUUCUACGCUAACUGGGGCAUGGUUGGUGUCUCGACAGACUGCUGCAAUCUGUUCUACUGCGGCACCAAGGCUCUCUCUGAGUCUGAGGCCUGGGCCGUCACAGACAUGUUGGGGAAGAUGAGAGAAGAUAUUCUGGCUUUCCUCACCAUCCACUCCUAUGGCCAGCAGCUCCUGGUGCCCUACGGACAUCCCAACACUUCAGCACCCAACCAUGAUGAGCUGAUGGAGGUGGGUCUGGGAGCAGCCAUGGCUAUAAAGGCUGUCCAUGGUAUGGACUACACUGUAGGCACCUCACCUGAUAUCCUGUAUCCCUUCUCGGGUUCGUCUCAGGACUUCACCAGGCUGAUCGGCAUCCCGUUGUCUUUCACCUUUGAGCUGAGGGACAAGGGCAAACACGGCUUCAAGCUCCCAGAGGACCAGAUCCAGCCCACCUGUGAGGAGGCCUACGCAGGAGCACAACACAUCAUCACCUACACACACGACAAGGCCUUCUACAGCUAUGCUGCCACCAUCAGGGCAACACUGUGGACCACACUGCUGGCAGCCUGGGUCUCUAGCGCCACCCUGCUGUAAACUGGGAGGACUGCAGGAGUCAGAUGAAACCCACUUAUUUUGUCAAGUGUGGUAUGUUACUUGUGUCUUUAAAACUCUACUGCAAAACUGUUAAAUUAUCAUCUACUUCUUAUGUUACUUUUAAUAUUGACAAAACACAUACAGGUUAUUUGUAGUACAGUGUGCUUUGCAUUAACAUUUCAUUGAUAUAAAUACACUCAAACCGUAA